AUGCCUCCCAAAAAGAACGUACUCGGCCCACUGACAUUCUCAGACAAAGCUGCAAGGGACAGAAUAAGUCAGAAGCGAGCAUCGUCGGUCAAGAAACGAAAGUACAAAGCUGCGGAGCUUACCAUUGAGGAGAAAGAGGCCAAACGUCAACAGAGAGAAGCACGAAAAGAGCUCAGAGCGGCAGAGGCAAGAAACUUGAUCAUGGUGGCUAUCGAUUUCGGCACCACCUACUCCGGCAUAGCCUGGGGCAGUACCAGGAAGACCUGGAAUGACAUCGUCGUGAUCAACCACUGGAAUGGUGGUCCUUGUGAUAACACGGAGAAGGUUCCAACUCGCAUUUCCUACGCAGCGGAGAAUGAUUUCUCAGAGGACAAAUGGGGUUACGCACCUAAAGCAGGAUCGAAGACAUGUCAAUGGUUCAAGCUUCUUCUGGAUGGGAAAUUCAAAAGAGAAGAUUUCGACGAUCCUCGCCUCAACACGGCCCUGGGUAGCAAGGUCAUGCAUAUUCCAGAGGGCAAGACCGCUCAGACAGUGUCAACUGACUUCCUGAGAAACAUGUAUCGACAUCUGUUGCAAGCCAUCGAGUUGGAACUGGGACCGACUUUGGUCGAACAAACCAGCUUUCGCUUCGUGAUCACCACUCCAGCAACAUGGUCGAAUGCGGCUCGUCAAGCCACUCGGAAAGCUGCAGAAGACGCCGGUUUUGGUUCCAGAAUGGGAGACGAAAUUCUCAUGAUUGCGGAACCAGAAGCGGCCGCAAUUUGCGCCAUUACCCAGACCAACUCUAAGUUCCAUACAGCACCCUUUCAGCAAAACACCUGUACCAUGGUUGUGGAUAUUGGAGGCGGUACGAUAGAUACCUGCACUUACCGGAUUGCGAGAAUGCAACCACUUCGACUCGAGGAAGCUUGCGUUGGCGAAGGUGCAAAGGCUGGGGGAACCAGUGUUGACAGGUCGUUACUUGAAUUCAUGCUUUACUGUUUCGGCAUAGCAUUCGAGGCCCUGCCCGUGGAAAAGGUAGGCGCAGGAAGCAAGUUCAUGGAAGCAUUCGAAAUUUUGAAACGUCAAUUCACUGGCGACUUCGACGAUGACGCACGUUUCGAGCUUCCACUCAAGAUGAGCAAGUUGGACAAGGCCGAUCUUAAAGUGACAAAACAUUAUGACUUCGACGAAGACACCGUCGUCCUCACCGGUGAGGAGAUCAAGGACAUGUUCGAGACAACGCUGCAGAAGACGUUCGAGCUGAUCCGCAACCAACUGCGAAAGACCCAGACUGCUAAUGAGCCUCGCGUCGAGAAAAUCAUUCUCUGCGGGGGGAUGGGUUCGAGCCCGUAUGUUCAGAAAAGAAUACGGGACUUUGUCAAUGAAAUGCUGGAAGAGGACAUUGAACUGAUAGUACCCGCCCGCCCGUGGUCCGCGAUAUGCAGGGGUGCUGUCAUCAGUGCCCUGGAAAAGAAUGUCGUUGCUUCGCGAAACUGCCGGGAGCAUCUUGGGUUCUCUGUUCACGAGAAGUUCGAUUCGAGCAAACACCUUGACUCUGAUCGAUUUGAAUGCCCUGUUCUUGGGCACCGAGCCAAGAAUCAAAUGCGGUGGCAUGUCAAAAAGAAUGAGAAGAUCUCGCCUAAUCUCAAACGUGGCUUUGACUGCUAUGUUGUUGUGCACGGUACCAACUCGAGCAAAUCCGAGCAUGUGGUGUACCAGGACUUGUAUGGGAGCCAGGAAGACAGUGCACCAAGCCGCGUGGAUGAUCCUCUUCCAGAGUCCGGUAUCAUCGGUACGAGACGCCACGGGCGGAUGCCUGAUGGAAUGGACAGCUCUGGCUAA